ACGGUUGGUUGGGGCAGGCGAACACUGUGCGGCCGGGAGCCGCCACUCCCCGGGGUGGGGAAGGCAGGGGGGUGGGGGCGCCUGUCUGUAGUACUCUGGUCCUGAUGUCACAGGGCGGCACGGAGGCGCAAGGAGGAGUCGUGUUACAGUAAGGAUGGACGGAGCAGCGGGCAGCCCGGGCGCACGCCGUGGCCCCAGCCCCAGCCCCAGUCGCGGGCACCCCUAGCCGGCAGGCGGCCUGCAGAGCGCCCCGCACCCGGGCGGAGCCGGAGCGGCACCGGGAGCCUUGGCACCCAGGGAACAUGAGCCGGCUCUGCACGCAGCCUUGGGUGCCAGCUGAUGCCAAAGACGCUGCGGUGGGCUUCCAGCUGUCUGCUUAAUGAGAAACAUAAUGUAUUUUGGUGGUACAUGCCAGAGCCCUGCUCUCCCAGCCCUGGUCCGGCCACCAGCCCCUCCUUUGCAACCUUCGCUGGAUAUUAAACCAUUUCUUCCAUUUCCUCUCGAUACUGCAGCUGCAGUCAACCUCUUCCCCAAUUUUAAUGCGAUGGACCCGAUUCAGAAAGCUGUAAUAAAUCAUACAUUCGGGGUUCCUCUUCCUCAUCGAAGAAAGCAAAUCAUAUCAUGCAACAUUUGCCAGUUGAGAUUCAAUUCUGAUAGCCAGGCUGCGGCCCACUACAAAGGCACGAAACAUGCCAAGAAGCUCAAAGCACUGGAAGCCAUGAAAAAUAAGCAGAAAUCUGUCACUGCCAAGGACUGCAAGACUACCAUCACUACCGAUGCCAUCAAUACCAGCUCUGACAAAACAGACAGUACCACAGAGACACCAGCAAUAUCAACGACGACGACUAUGGAAAUUCGCAAAAGCAGUGCUAUGAGAACUGAAAUCACCUCUAAAGUCGAAAAAAGCCCUACGACAGCCACUGGCAACACCUCAUGUCCUUCCGCGGAGACUGAGGAAGAAAAGGCCAAAAGACUUCUUUACUGUUCCCUCUGCAAGGUUGCCGUCAACUCUGCCUCACAGCUGGAAGCACACAACAGUGGUACAAAGCACAAAACCAUGCUAGAAGCCCGGAAUGGAAGUGGUACUAUCAAAGCCUUUCCUAGGGCAGGAGUGAAAGGCAAGGGACCUGUGAAUAAGGGAAAUACAGGCCUACAAAACAAAACGUUUCACUGUGAGAUCUGUGACGUGCAUGUCAACUCAGAAACGCAACUUAAACAGCACAUUAGCAGUAGAAGGCACAAAGACAGAGCUGCUGGGAAGCCCCCAAAACCUAAGUACAGUCCUUACAACAAACUGCAGAAGACAGCACAUCCACUUGGGGUAAAAUUAGUAUUUUCAAAAGAACCCACAAAGCCAUUGGCUCCAAGAAUUCUCCCAAAUCCACUGGCGGCUGCAGCAGCAGCUGCAGCUGUGGCAGUAAAUGCCCCCUUCAGUCUUCGAACUGCCCCAGCAGCAACACUGUUCCAGACUUCUGCACUUCCUCCAGCGCUCCUGAGGCCAGCACCGGGACCCAUUCGGACCGCCCACACUCCUGUGCUGUUUGCUCCUUAUUGAAUUCCAGAUGGGAGUAGUGGUACUGCAAUAAUUUUUCAAAAAAAAAAAAAAACACACACACACAACAAAAGAGAACUAUGCAGUGUUUAUUUAUAGUUUAAAGUACAUGUGAAGAGCCAGGACUUUUGAUAGUGAAUUGCAAAGAUUAUUAAACAUACACACAGACAAAUACAAAAAAAAAAGUGGGAAGUUUGGGGGUGGAGGGGAAAGGGGUGGUAUUUUCUCCAGAUUAAAGCAUUCCUCUUGAACAUUGAUUGUUUUAGAAGUGAUCUCCAGCAUUGACUUGUAGUGGUAUCUAGAAUUUCUGAAACCUUUGUGACUGUGCUUUUGGGCACCGAUUCCCCCUGCAUUGUCUUUCCUGCUUUAUGAAACAGCUAUACAUUGUCUAAGGGCAUUAACUGGUUCCAGUGUGUAUAUAAUAAUUUACUCUGUAGAUUAAAAUAAUAUGAGAAAAGGAAAAAAACAACAAAAGCAACACUGUGAAUAGUAGUCCCCGUGCUGGUCCUCUUGCUAUGACAGCAAUUCCUGGGUAUUAAUCCCUGGGUAUUAUUGUAAAAGUAGAUACAAUAGCUGUCUCGUAAAACAAUAGCGCUGUGUCUCAAUCUUUGCCACUAGGUUUUAAAGAAUCGCAAAAGGUAGAAGAACAACUAUUUCAUGCCAGUAAGCAAUCUAAGAGUGGUGUGGAAGGUGUCUUGGCCGACAUCCUCUCUCCUUCCCACUAGUUUGGAGAUGGCUUUAUGCUCAGAGUGAUAGAAGGGGGUGAAGUAUAAAGGUAGAAGAGAGAUGAGAAAAGAUGACCUCUCACACAGUGCUCUUUUCCUGCUUUUAAGCAGUAUUAUUGGAAAUACAGAAGUGUUCUAGUGAACUGAUAUCUAAAAACAGAUAAUCAAUCCCAUGUAUGAUGGGUGUUGAGAAAAAAAUGGUGCAAAUAUUGUGUUUUGGGGUAAAGGGUAACACUGAUCUAGUGUGAUUGUGCAGAGCAAAGAUUUUUAUGUUAGUCCAUAUCCAAUAAAAACAGACUUUGUGUCUGCAAUACCCCCUUUAUAUCAUAGCAGUAGGGUUGUCUUUUAGGCGAAGGUUUCUGCCUUGAAUAUGAUGGUAGGCAUUAGUUAUUAUUGUGGGUUGUUUUUGUUGUUGUUGUUACUGUUCUUUUUCAGAUUUCCUACUGACAUGAUAUAAAUGAUAUAUAUUUAAAUGUUAGUAAGGCAAGUGAUAUGAAUGUGAGUUAAUUUCAGACCAAGGAUAUAGUGUCAAAAAAACUGGUAAAAAGCAUUCUACCAUCAUGUUUCUAGUGGAGUUAUAAAAUGCUGACAGACAGCCUUUGAUGUGCACCUUAAGACUGAAAGGAGUUGAUGUUUUACUUUCAAGACAAGAUUGAUCAGGGGUAUAUAUAUAAAUAUAUGUAUAUUGUGUAUAUGUUAGAAAGAUUAAGAGAAUAACUUAUAAAAAUAAAAUCUAUAUAAAAUAAUUAUAUAAUCAUCCUGCAUUACAUGUUAUCAUUAAGUUGGUAACAAUUGGCAUAAAAAUAGCUGUGCCUUUAAUUUGUGAUAAAGGCUAUUUGCUUUUUCCCAUAGGCUAACAUGUACCUAUCACUACAAUGGGGUUUGGGGUUUGAUGCAGUCUGUCUGUUGCAUUAAUAAGAGCAAUGCCACUCAAACUUAGAGCCAUGAUAACACAUGUAUAAAUCAACCAUAUGUGAUUUAGGUUUAGAGGAAAAAAAAUUUGAAAAUGUUUUCUAAAGACUAAUAAAAAAUUACAAGGAAGGGCUGGGUAUGUCCUUCCUGAAACUGCUCUUAUAUAAACUGUCAUCUUUGGAGAGGUAGAAAUGUUCUAGAUGAAGCCAUGGGAGAGGUAGGUAUUUAGCAUUUGUUAUUUUAUACCUAAGAAACACCCAGAGUGUGCUUGGUGCUCAAUAUUAAACAUGGUCUUUGACACUCUCACCUACCAUCUAGCUGUAGACGUUUGUCAGAUGAACAUGAUUUUAAAGCAAUUGGCUUUAUGUAUCUUUUGUUAAACAAAAAGGUAACCAGGGACAAAGGAGAAGAAUGAGAGAAAAUAUGCAAUCAGUUUUUGGUAAAGAGAAUUUUAAACUUUGCAUCUCUGGUUUAACAUGUUUAUUAGCAUUAAAUUUUGUUUUUGAAAGUAUGGCACUUUUGCAUUUACCAUUAUCUCUGUUCUCUGGGCAUGUGAAGAUCCCCCUUUGUCACCUGCCAGUCCUGUUAGUUCAGCCAGGCGGAGAAGAAGCUGUCCUUGAGUUUUCUGUUUGCGGUUCUACAAUAUCCCCAUGUACCCAGCCUAUGGUCUUUUUGGUCUUUGUCAAACACUUCGAUAUUUCACUAUAUGAUAGCCUGAAUCCCCAUCAGCAACCUUUACGCCUGAUUUAAAAAGAGACCUCUCUUUCUUUUGGAAAGUGUAGUGUUGAUUGAUGCGAUCUCACUGUAAUGUGCUUCUGCUGGUCCUCCCUGUUUUCACCAAGGAGAAUGAGCCCGUCCACGGGAAGUCAGGGCCUGCGGUAAACACAGGGGCCUGGGUCACAAGAUGUGACUAACUGUAGUGAUUUUCUGGGAACAAACAAAUCAGCCAUAUUUCCUCCAUCAGCCAUAUGAGAAAAACUCAGAAUAAACCUAAAUCCCUUCUGCCUCACUUAGCAAUGGAACAAUUUUUUUUGUUUGUUUGUUUAAAUGGUUUAAACAAUUUGUUAAAAUUGUUUAAAUGGUUUUGUUUGUUAAAUUGGAGUUGUAAGCAUCAGUUGUCUUUUAUUCACUACCUAAUAAAGGAUGAAGCCUAACCAUAA